ACCGGGCGCGAGGGUCGGCGCGGACCCGGGACGGUUCCCUCUCUCUCCCUCACCCCCGAUCCUACCCAUAGAGACCCUCCGCAGAGUCCCGCCGCCGCACCUUCCCGCGGGAUCCCCCGAGCCGGCGGGGAGCGCCGGCGGCCCCGGGCACCAUGAGGAGGCGGCGGUGGGGCGCCUGGCUGCUUGGCGCCCUGCUCUGCGCACACGGCCUAGCCAGCAGCCCAGAGUGUGCUUGUGGUCGGAGCCACUUCACCUGUGCGGUGAGCGCCCUCGGCGAGUGUACCUGCAUAUCCGCUCAGUGGCAGUGUGAUGGAGACAAUGAUUGCGGGGACCACAGCGACGAGGAUGGAUGUAUGCUGCCCACCUGUUCCCCUCUGGACUUCCACUGUGACAAUGGCAAAUGCAUCCGCCGCUCCUGGGUGUGCGAUGGCGACAAUGACUGUGAGGAUGACUCUGAUGAGCAGGACUGUCCCCCCCGUGAGUGCGAGGAGGAUGAGUUCCCCUGCCAGAAUGGCUACUGCAUCCGGAGCCUGUGGCACUGCGAUGGUGACAAUGACUGUGGAGACAACAGCGAUGAGCAGUGUGACAUGCGUAAGUGCUCGGACAAGGAAUUCCGCUGCAGCGAUGGGAGCUGCAUUGCUGAGCAUUGGUACUGUGAUGGUGACACGGACUGCAAAGAUGGCUCUGAUGAGGAGAACUGCCCCUCAGCAGUGCCCUCUCCUCCCUGCAACCUGGAGGAGUUCCAGUGUGCCUACGGCCGCUGCAUCCUUGACAUCUACCACUGUGACGGAGAUGAUGAUUGCGGAGACUGGUCGGACGAGUCCGACUGCUCCUCCCACCAGCCCUGCCGCUCUGGGGAGUUCAUGUGCGACAGUGGCUUGUGCAUCAAUGCGGGCUGGCACUGUGAUGGUGAUGCAGACUGUGAUGACCAGUCUGAUGAACGCAACUGCACCACCUCCAUGUGCACAGCAGAACAGUUCCGCUGUCGGUCAGGCCGUUGCGUCCGCCUGUCCUGGCGCUGUGACGGGGAGGAUGACUGUGCAGACAACAGUGAUGAAGAAAACUGUGAGAACACAGGAAGUCCCCAGUGCGCCUCUGACCAGUUUCUAUGUUGGAACGGUCGUUGCAUCGGGCAGAGGAAGCUGUGCAAUGGGGUCAAUGACUGCGGUGACAACAGUGACGAAAGCCCACAGCAAAACUGCCGGCCCCGGACGGGUGAGGAGAACUGCAGUGUGAACAACGGUGGCUGUGCUCAGAAGUGUCAGAUGGUACGGGGAGCCGUGCAGUGUACCUGCCACACAGGCUACCGGCUCACAGAGGAUGGGCACACGUGCCAGGAUGUGAAUGAGUGUGCUGAGGAGGGCUACUGUAGCCAGGGCUGCACAAACACUGAAGGCGCUUUCCAGUGCUGGUGUGAAGCAGGCUACGAGCUGCGACCCGAUCGGCGCAGCUGCAAGGCACUCGGGCCAGAGCCUGUGCUACUGUUCGCCAAUCGCAUCGACAUCCGGCAGGUGCUGCCGCACCGCUCCGAGUACACGCUGCUGCUCAACAACCUGGAGAACGCCAUCGCCCUUGACUUCCAUCACCAGCGGGAGCUGGUCUUCUGGUCUGAUGUCACCCUGGACCGCAUCCUCCGAGCCAACCUCAAUGGCAGCAGUGUGGAGGAGGUCGUGUCUACCGGGUUAGAGAGCCCAGGUAGGAAAUGA